AUGUCAGCCGAGCGCGUAACUAACAAACGGCAAAUGACGGCAAUAACGAUUGAAACCAAACUUGCAAUUCUGAAGGCACAUGACGAGAAAAUGUCGAUUGACUCCAUUUCCAGAAAGUUUGAUACGAGUAAGAGUAUGCAAAAUCCUGUUCAAGAUGAUAUGGUUAAUCAAUCUGGUGCUGAACAAAUUCAGGAAAAACAUAUUCCAGGCAAGCGUUGCAGUGAGUUGUACAAACAAUUGUCUGAAUGGUAUAAAGUGCAGAAAACAAUUACUAAGGAUCUACUUAGUCAGAAAGCAUCCGAAAUCGCAAGAGAUGUUGGAGGGCCAGGAGACAUGCGCAAAACCUUUUUGUUCUACGAACAUGAAAUUAACGAAAAUGAAAUACAAAAUGUAUCAGAAUUUUUCAAGGAUAAAUUCUUUGUCGCUCAUAAACUACAAGAAAAAGGAUCAUCAGAAGAAUUAGAUAUCAAGGAUCGUUUUGCAUAUUGGUUUAAUAAUGCGUUUAAGGCAAGAGUUAAAGUUCAUAAUGAGAACGAGAAUAUACCUGGCAAAGUGUUUUUACUCGGUGACGAUUGCACACGACGCUUCUUGUCGGAAAAUAUUGUUCAGGAUGAUGAUUUCGAAAUAGAAUUAUUUACGAUAAACUCAUUGACAGAACUACUGUAUCCAGAAAUUAUUGAGAGAAUGAACCAACUUUGUCUUAGUUAUUUGUUAAAACGUGUACAGAAAUUUUCUUCUAAAACUAUGUUCAACACAGAAUUCUACAAGGAGUACAAUAUAAGUUGGUGCACGAUUGUAAUCAGAAAAGCAUGGGAAGACAUCGCGCCAAAUGAAAAAGUAAAAUUAUGGAGAUUUGUAAAACAAGACCGUCAACCACGAGAAGUUUCUAGAGAAGAAGGCGCAAGAGAAGAACAUUAA